AAUUUGCUUAUUUGUGUUCUGUAUCUUUCUUUUAGACAAUCUAGGACAGCAUUGAUGCUGGCAGCAUCAGGUAAUCAUCUGGAAUGUAUCCAGAUAUUACUCAAAUGUGGAGCAGAUCCUAACAUCUUGGACAAAGAUUCACAUUCAUGCUUAUUCAGAGCGAACAUGGAAGCAUUACAUCGUGAAGCCACUUGAUGAUUGCACAAGAUGAUGGGCAUGGAAUAAUGAGUAAGAUGAACCCUUUGACAGAUGGCCGAAGGUUAUCAGUGUCUGUGUAGAAUGAUGGAACGAAUUCUUUUGUGGGCGUGUGCUACGUUGCCAAAUCACUUCAGAUGAUGUGAUUUUCAAAAUGUGUUAGCGUUCCCAGAACUAUGGCAAAUAUCAAAUCCUGAUUAUAAAAAUCAAGUAAAGAAAGCAGCUGCGGUAGAAAGCUUGGCCGAACAAUUUAAUACUGCAUCGGAAAUAAAUAGGAAACUGCAUAAUUUACGAACGCAGUUUAAUAACGAACUGAGAAAACAAAAAAAAAGAAGAGUGGCCAAGGCACAGAUGAAAAUUAUGUAAGCACUUGGGAGUACUUCACAAGCUUACAAUUUUUAAUGCCAAACAGCGUACCAGCAAAUGAAACACAACAAAAUUUGAACUCUCCUACCAACAGCGAACCUGCCAACAACGAAAAUUUGGAAUUAACAGUUUCGCAAAACUCCAACACCCUCUCUCAAUCUCAACGAACCUCUAAAAAACGAAAGAAGGAAGAUGAAGCUUUAGACCGAGCAUUAAGCGUGUUAGACAAAUCUGAUGAUGCUGCCAUUUUUGGUGAUUUCGUGGCUGCGGCGAUACGGAAUAUGAGGUCGGAAUCCCGAAAAAGAGAAAUAAAACGUAAAAUUCAACGUAUCAUUCUGGACAUGGAAGAAUUGGAUGAAGCCGAUCAAUAUUCACGUCCAUCUACUUCACAGUCUCUUGGUCCUCUUACUCCACUGCCAAAUGUGACUUGGGAAAGUUCGGAAGACACAACGUACGAACAUUUGUACUAAGUUUGUCAAUUGACCAAGCUUCACCUUUUAU